AUGAAACUUGAAAAGUUUUACGACCAAAAGAAACAGAAACACAAUAAAACGAUUAAAAACACCGAAUCAAAAGCCUUUUGUCUCGCAUUUAAGAAGGAGGCGCAAAAUUUUCUUAUGGCAUCAGAAGCACUCAUUUUACCAAUCGAGUUCAAUACUCACUUUGUUUUCGGUGUUAUUGACACUUUUUUACUUGAUUCAAACUUUGCAAACUGGCAGCAGCAACAUUUGCGUUUCGGUUUGGGUGUCACAAUCGAAUAUGAUUAA